CAUAGUUGUUCGACUGGAGACACAACCAAUACAAUGGGACAAUGGGACUCAAUAUUCUUGGUAACAUAGGCAGACUCGACAGUUGUGUCGAACACCAAAGAAUCGAUGGAAGCAACCACAAAGGUGCUAUGGUUAUAUAAAGACGCAUAUUUAUUUUUUCUUCCUUCUUCAGCAAACAUUUGAACCAUGCUUAACACUUGUUUAUGAAACACAAAGACCGAAGCCUUUUUUGGAAUGAAUCCUUAGCACUUUCCGAGAAAUCGAAACGGAAGUAAAACAAUGCUCACUUCAAUAGUUAGGGAAAAUUCCCUCGGGCCAUAAGGAUUUUCUUGGAAUUGGCUGAUAUUGCUGAGACUGUGGAUGUGUUCAGAUUAGUACUUUUGAAGAUUGAUCUUACGCCGGAAAUUUCAAGGGAAAAGCAAUGGAUCACGAAGGUAACAGAGUCAAAACUUCUCUUUCCCGACAAGUUCUAGUCAGUUAUAAAUUACUAGGGGUUUUGAUGGCGUUUUAGAUAAAAUCAACAAUGACUUAGAUACCUGUGUUUAAGUUCGAAUAACAAGUGAUACAUUAGGGUCGAUCCCAGGUGUUUGCAAUGUUAGCGUUCUUGAGGAAACCGAAAAGCGCGUUCAUCUUCUUAGUUUUGUUUCACUCAACUUGAUUGCUGAAUUACAACUUCCAAUGGUUUACGGAUGUUUGAUUUCAUAUUAUUAGAAGCUGAAGUAGGAAAGACUCAAACGUCUCUAAAUUGCCUAUUUCUAAAACUACAUUUCGAAUUUUGAGGACUCGAAUUAACAUUUGAGCCUGAUGAAAUAAUGUCAAUAUCUGAUUAAUACUAAGUUCUUUCUGUCUUGUAAACGCAGGCAAAAAAAAACGGAAGUUUGAAUCUCAGGAAUAGUAUUUUUAUUAUAAUUGUGUGAGUGUGCGUGUUUCCUUCUCCUUCAUAACCUUCAUGAUAUUUUAACCAUAAUAUUUUAUAUUUUUACUGCAGAAGUUUACGAAAAAAAUGUUUAUGGAGGCUCGCUUUAAUUUAGCAAAAAUUACAGUGAACUAAACAUUCCGAGCAAUUCUUGGAAUUCCGUGAAAAUGAAAGUGGAAUAUGCUCACUGCAUUAUUUGUUAAUAAAAAGAGAACUCCCUUUGACCCGAAGAUAUUCUUGAAAAUCGGCUGCAUAUCUGAAAUCGCCAACUUUAUAUCAUGUCAGUUUCAUUGCCACCCCAACGUAACCACCAACGACCCCAAGGCACCGCAAAUCGGUUUUGACACCGCAUGGUUAUUGCAUAAAAAUAUCCCUGGUAGAGAACCAUUUAUUGGACACAUUUUUGGAGAAAAACAUGAAAUCAGGGACAGCCAUAACUUUUGCAAGAAAAAGCGUUGAGUAUAGGGUGAAGCACCCAAGUAAAGUGAUAAGGGAUAAGCACUGUAUAAAACCAUGAUAUAAUUGAAUAUAAACGAGGCGGAACUCGACAAAAACUUUACCGAGGGUAUCAGUGGGAACAAUUUCUGUAUUAACAGGCUAAUGUGGAUAACUUCGCUCUAUAAAUGGUUGUUUUUUUUUUCGUUGCAUACUUUAGCAUUUGAAGGAUUGAUGAUUUCUGAUAAUUCAAGCUACAUUGCUGUAGUUGCAAUUGAUUUUGGAACCACGUACAGCGGUUUCGCUUUUGCCUUCAACCACAAGGAAGGAGAAGGCGGUAUCCAUAUGAACAAGGCAUGGGGAAACGAGCAAGGUCUUUCCACUCUGAAAACAUCGACGUCUUUGCUUCUUCGUCCCGACGGUCAGUUUGAUUCAUUUGGAUUUGAAGCAGAUGAAAAAUACGCCAACUUUUUUUGCGGGGAAGAUCAACAGUAUAUGUACUUCAAACGGUUUAAAAUGACACUUCACAAAUCUGAGGUAAAAUCUUUAAGUUAUGAAAAUUUGUUUCCUAUGUUAGAUAUCCUAAUGCUUAUCCCGCGGUAAAAAGAAUAUUGCUGCAUUUGAAGACAGUGAUUGCGUAACAUUCCCAACAAAAACAUUGCACGCAAAUGAUGACUGCAUCUACAGUCAUAAUAACUGAAAAAUAAGGACUCGGCCACAGAGACCUAAUUAGUGUGCCACAGAGAGACUGUGGAGAGAGGAAAAGAAAGAACGCGCCAUGGUCCUCCGUGCUCUUGCUAUUUUUGGUUAUUUGAAUUUUAUUUCAAUAGGGUGCAAAAGUGUGACGUCAUAAAAAAGUGAAACUGUGGGAUUUGUCAGGAUAUUCUGAAAGACAACAUCCAAGAGGCCUAUUUGCCAAAAACUAGCAUUGAGGGGCAAAUUGCCUUUGAGAUAUUAGCAUAGUUAUGCCCUGAUGACUCCAUACAAAUCCUUCUACAUUUGGGUUGCUAGGAGAUUUCGUAGGAAUAUGUAAGCGUUACCCCUUAAGUAGGCUAAGUAUAGCUUGUGAGAUAAGGCAUCUCUUAUGUAGUCUUGUGUAUUUAUACUGUAGAGUCUGGACCGUAACGCCAAGUUGAUAGCAAGUAAUGGAAGAAAAUUGGAAGCUCUCACCGUUUUUUCACAUUCAAUAAGAUAUCUCAAAGAUAAAGCUAUCGAAAUAAUCCGUGAGGUGACUGGAGAUGAUGGGUACAAUGCUAUGGACAUACAGUGGGUCUUAACGGUACCUGCUAUUUGGAAACCUGCUGCUAAGCAAUUUAUGAGAGAAGCUGCCUAUAUGGUGAAUAAUACUAAUACAUUUUUCUCUCUUAUUGUUCAUUUCUUUCUUUCUUUUUUGGUAAGUGCAUUUCAAAAUUUGUUGCUGUUUUACUUCGCUUCAUUGCUUUUUUGGUGUUUUUGUUUUCUUUGCAUUUUCUGUCAUUUCGUGUUUUAAGUAUCACCUUGUGAAGACUAAGGGCCUGUUUUCAUGGAGGUGGGGGACCCCAGGUAGGUGAGGUAACCCGCUUAGGUGGGGUAACCCGUUUGUCCAUAUAAUCUCUCAUUUUAAUCUGAUCACGUUUACAUGAUAGGUGGGGUGACUCACAAUAUUUUACCUCAACUACCUGGCGUCCCCCACCUCCAUUUAAACAGGCCCUAAAUAGCAAGCCAACCUUCUGAACGAACUCGUUUUGCAAGCUAAAUAAAAAACUGCGAAUCAUUGUGUUUCAUUGUCACCUAUGAUAAAACUUACAUUAAUCAGAAUUAUUCUUCUAAACUUGGACACAGUCAUGAUAGAAAUAUAUUUUUCCGAUGGAUUCUUAUUUUUAAGGGUAUUGAAAAAAUGAAAUGCACCAUAGGCAGCUGAACGGUGCUCGCAGGUUGUUUUCUAAAUGAGCUAUUGAGUUAUCGAGGCUAUAAUAACUCUGCUCCGUGUAAUACCAUUCUAUCCUUAUUUGAAGGCUGGUAUUGCUUCUGCUAAUAACCCGGAACAGCUACUUAUUGCGUUAGAACCAGAAGCUGCAUCAAUUCAUUGCAGAGACAAAAAGAUGAAGGACUUCACAAGUGAGAGAGGGGAUGCUGCUGUAUCUGACAUAUUUGCACGCCCAGCAGCAAAAUAUUUGGUGGUAGAUAUUGGAGGUAAUCUAUCUGAUGUAAUAGCAUUCAGUUCGCCCCGUGUAAGGGAAUGCAAGACUGACAGUCUUGGAUUCUGAACUCCUCGGCGUGGAUUACGGAUUCCAGGUACUGGAUUGCAGCCUUUAUCAGUGGAAUUGACCUACAUUCCAAAGCCUAGAAUUCCAUAUUUCCUGAUUCCGGAUUCCACAUGCAGAAAUUUCACAGAUUCCCUUACAUGGGGCGACACUUAUCUUGUCUUUGAGUGUUUAAUCAUCCUAGUAGCUUUGAUGCGACAUCUUUUAUCUUUUGUUGCAUAGAACUGUCUAUCUUAAUUGUCAGACUUUCAAGAUCGACCUCCUUUUCUGCCCAUUCUCUAUUUAUGUCGUAUUCAAGAGUUAAGGUCUAAGUAACGGCAGUGAUUUUUAGUAAAAAUAACUCACUUACCUUGUUAUAAAAUGAACGAGAAACUAAAAUGCUAAGAACAAGAGGAGGAACAGAGUGCAGUGCACGUUUCUUUAACACUGUAAAUUACGCUUGUUUGAGCAAAACCUGAGAUGUUCAAGUCUGAUAUACAGCUAUUUUGAGAAAGGUUGUCGAAAACAUGUGCAGGCGACAAUCCCGACAGGUAACCUGGGAUAUGUUCAAUACAGUGUUCCUGACACUGUAACUGUCAAACCUACUGUUGUUGCUUUCCUUUACCACCAAAUUUCUUUGAAAAACAGUGAACUCAAAACCACCCACGAUACCUUUCGGGGUUGUCGCGUGCACUUUAUCCGACAACCUUGCUCGAAAUAGCUGUAUAAAUUCAGUAGAGGUGGCGUCAGUACAUUUCUGACCUUUUGUUUGCAUUUAAAUAUAUAUUAGCCUGCGCCGCAGACGAAACUAAACCCUGGUAAAGUCGUCUGCGAAACAGCACUGAAAUUCUUGUUCUGUAAUACACAGAGUUUUCUUUUUCUUUUUCUUGUAAAGGUGGAACUUUAGACGUGACAGCUCAUGAAAUCUUGACAAAUGGCAAUAUAAAAGAAAUAUUCCAGGUAACCGGGGGACCAUUUGGUGGAACAAAAGUAGACGAGGAGUUUGUGUCUCUUCUUAAGCAGUUCUUCGGAACUACUGUGGUGGAAGCAUUCUCUACCAGGUAUCCUGGAGAAUGGCUUGACAUGAUGAACGACUUUGAAAUGAAGAAGCGAGGGCGACGAGCGUUCGAGGGUGGAACGACAAGACUUCGACUUCCCCGUUCCUUAACAGCAUUAAUAUCGGAGUAUCGUGGACCCGCCAGUAGCAUAGAAGGAGUACAGUUCCUUAGGAAUGAAUAUCUCUGUUUAGAAGCACCGGCGAUGAAGAAGUUGUUUAUGCCAGUUCUGGACGGAAUUGUAAAGCACCUGACCAACCUCCUGGAGAAUCGCUGCCUUAAGGAUUUGCAGUUUUUCUUUCUGGUGGGAGGCUUCGCCCAGUCUGCUCUUCUCCAGGAUGCCAUAAGAAAGCAAUUUAGUAGCAGGUAACAUAUCGUGCAUCUAAGGUUCAAUUAUUUUCAGAGUUAGCAUCAUUUGAUUGAGGAACCAGGCUAAACUAGGAAAUUUCAGCGUUACAUAUCUUCAGUCUCCAAACAGCUGCGCUGAAGUACGCAGUUAAAGCUGUCAUAAAAUCAAAGUUUAACCAAUAACAUAACAAGAUCUUGGAGUAUGAAAUUCUGUGCAUGGCUCAGAAAACCUUUCGAAAACCGAAGACACAUAGUUGCUUAUAGUUUUAUUUGUUUCCUUUGUCACCUUUUCGAACAUUUGUGGGAAAGAAAAGAAAAAUAUCACAUCCUCAAUAGAGGGAUUACAUUCAGAACAUGGUUAAUAGUCAAUAACAGGAUUCGGACAGAAAAAUAUAGGGUGUGGUUUGGCGGAAAAGAGAAUGGGACGCGUCUUCUGUUUUUUGAGUCCUGUGCAAGGGAUGGACCGUUCAAUUUUCAGCUACCCUCGGGGUUGGGUCAUCACAGUGUUUAAUGACAAAGACAGGUACACUUUUAAAAUUUCAUUAUAGCUCUGAGGUAGUUGGCCACAGUUGGUACCAAAAAGAUCACAGCCUAAAAUGAAUACCUUUAUAAACUCUCAAACCGAACCUCUGUCCUUUUUAAAAUGCAAUUUUAGCAAAAUAAGCGAUCCCUGUUUAACAUUCGACUUUAUUGAUCAAUGUUUUCACGACGCAAUUAGCUGCAAUGUUGUGUAUCCCGACUGAAGCAAACACAGGGGCACGAAAGUCUUAAUUCCUUGUUCUUAACUGUGACCCAGACAGAAGCUUUAAUCUUCAGGUGAAUGAACGAUUUUCCAUAACUGGUAUCCUAACAUUCCUAAACAGCGGCAGAUAUCGUAACUCAUAUAGCCCAUAUGUGGUGUCUCAACCUGGGGGACUAGCUCGGGCGUUUUAAUCGACGAACUGUUAAUCAUACGGCGAAAAACUGACAAUAUUUGUGGAUGUUUUGUCAUUGAAAAACGCUCUCAAUCAAUACCAUGGUCAAUGUGUAUGAACAUAUUUGCUGUAUCCCACAAAAUCUGAAAUCUGUCUAAGAUGAUUCAAAACUGCUACUAGACCAUCGUCGCCCAAAUUUCGAAAUCGUCAGUUAAAACGUGAGAUAACAAGCUUAAACUUUAAAUAGCAUUGAAAGUUGAAAGUGGCUAAAAUAGGUAUUUCCGAACAGGUGUGUUACCGACGAGAAUUCGUCGAGUACAACUAUGCUUGGAGGAGUUUUUUGCAACCUUUUUCCCACGUUUUUGUCCUACUCAUCCUUGUCACGGUAGAGCAAGGAAGAGAGAGAAUGAGAGGGAAGGGUUGGGGGGUUGAUGGGGAGAGACAGAGAGGCAGGGAGUCAUGCAAUCUGCUCCGCAGGGACGAGUAGCACAGAACCCUUCAAACGAGAUCUUUUCAUUUUAUUAUAAUAAUAAUAAUAAUAAUAAUAAUAAUAAUAAUAAAAGUCUAUAUUCAAGGUUUUAAACAAACGUUUAAACUUACAAGUUCCAUUAUAAAAUGAAGAUUCAACUGUCUAAGUCAUAAUUGCAAUUUAUUUAGAAUCAAAGAGGCGUCUAUUUACAAAUUUAAAGCAUUUCUUAAACCUCCCUGUAUUGACACGUGGAAUCUGGUAAGGAUACAACUCACCGCGUAGAGCCCUGCUCUUAAGUGGGGAGGGGGGGGAGGGGGGGAGAUCCUGCAGGGGAUGCGACGAGGUAAGCAUAAUACUUUUCCAGAGCCUCACAUCCCUGUCUUUAAUAACCUGUUGAAUCGAUGUUUCAUGCUGAAUAUCCCCAAAUCGAAAGGCCCCCCUCAAUAGCCUAUCAAUUUGACUAAGGUAUUUGGUAUAAGCAGCAACACCCCAAACUCUACGUUUUAGAGCUCUUUCCAUCAAAUCAUCAAAAUGUUUAUCCCAGUUGGUAGGACAAUCCUAAAAAGUCACUCCUAGAAGCUUCAAAUAUGACAGACGUUUAAUUUUGUCUUCCAGGUACAAGAUUUUAGUUCCGCUGGACGCAACUAUUGCAGUGGUGCAAGGGGCAGUGAUGUUUGGCCAAAAGCCGCGCGUCAUUGAUUCCAGAAUCAUGUCCACAACUUACGGUUUUGACAUUUGCCGCCGCUUUAAUCCCAGCCUUCAUCCUUUGGAGAAGAAGUACGUUGUAGAAGGUGAUGCUUAUUGUGAUGAUUGUUUCGAGGUUCUGGUUAAAGAAAAUGAAACAGUAAAAAUAGGAGAGAUUAAAAGAUUUUCGAAUUACCAGCCCCUGAGGCGAAGUCAAACAAGCGUCGCGUUUAACUUUUUUACCUCUACCGACCCAAAUGCAAAAUACAUUACUGAUAAUGCAGUGGGGUCAUCGAUAGGAAAAGCUGUUGUUAAAUCUCCUGAUAUUUCGAAGGGCACUGACAGAAGCCUUGAUGUCUGCGUCUAUUUUGGAGGCACCGAAAUUAAAGUAACUGCCAUUGACCUAACAAGCCGUAAUACUGGCACUGUGUAUUUGGACUUUUUGUGCAAGCAUUAGGAAAGUGAACGGUAUUAAUCAGAUUGUCACUGGUUUGCCGUAAAAACGAACCUAUCCUACGUUAACGCCCAUCAUAGUCUGGUUUCCGUUGACUUCAAAAAUUUUAAGAGGGGAGUAGUUACAUAAUGGAUAACUUUUAAGUACUCACAUACAUGUACUUAAAGUAAGCAUAAACUGCGAACCGUGUAUUAUCUUUUGUGUUUCCACAGUAGUAAGGCCACUAAGGCAAAAACCUUUUUUUGAAGUUUUGUUGUUCUUCAUAAAUAAGACUGACUUUGUUAUUUAUAUAUAUCAGUGGUAUUACAGGUUCACAACUGUUGCAGGUUGUCUAAGAGAUGAACAUAUUUCUAAAAAUGUCCUAACGUUAGA